AUGGCACCCACGAAGCAGGAGCUGUCCCUGCUCAUCAAUCCGCUGGUGCCGGAGAGCGUCCAGCACAAUACCCGGGUCCUCUCGACCCUGCACUCCCUAACCUCCUUCCUCCUGGGCCUGUCAGCUGGGAUCCUCGCCCUGCAAUCCAGCUCAGGCUUCCUCUUCUACGGUCUCGGCACGGUCCUCGUCUCGGGAUUCUUCCAUCUCCUUCUGAUCCACCGCUCUGGCGGCGCGGGUGCGGGUGCGUUCUUCCCCGGCAGCAAUAACGGCGAGAUUGACGGCGUGGUCGAGAUGGACCCGAAGAGCCAGCGUGUGCGCAUGCAGUUGGCGUCGAAGCCUGGUCAGCUUAUAAGGAGGAGUGGUGCUUGGAGGGAUGUUUGGUUUGGGGGUGGUGUUUUCUCUGAGGCCCUUAGUGGGUUUGUCCUCGGGUGGGCGGGUGUUGGUGGUGUUUUGAGGUGA